AUGAAAGACCUUUUCGGUCAUAUCAACAUGAGCUCAUUUGACGCCGUCUCAUACAUCAACAGCCACUCGUCCAACAUCACCAACAUCCCCAACAUCGGUAUUGCCGUAUCUGGCGGUGGCUACAGAGCACUAACCAACGGCGCCGGCGCACUCAAAGCAUUCGACAGUCGAACAGAGAAUUCAACACACAAUGGACAGCUCGGUGGUCUUCUGCAGUCAGCCACAUACCUGUCCGGACUAUCCGGAGGUGGUUGGCUCCUGGGUUCAAUCUACAUCAACAACUUCACCACCGUCUCCAACCUACAAACCUACAAAGAGGGCGAAGUCUGGCAGUUCCAGAACUCCAUCACGAAAGGCCCCAAGACCAACGGCUUGCAAGCCUGGGACACAGCCAAGUACUACCGCGACCUAGCCAAGGUCGUGGCCGGUAAGAAAGAUGCUGGCUUCAACACCUCCUUCACCGACUACUGGGGUCGCGCACUCUCCUACCAACUCAUCAACGCGACCGACGGAGGCCCCGGCUACACCUGGUCAUCGAUCGCAUUGACCCAGGACUUCCAGAACGGAAACAUGCCCAUGCCACUCCUCGUUGCCGACGGCCGUAACCCAGGCGAGACCCUAAUCGGCAGCAACUCGACCGUAUACGAGUUCAACCCCUGGGAAUUCGGCAGCUUCGAUCCAUCCAUCUUCGGCUUCGCUCCCCUCGAAUACCUGGGCUCCUACUUCGAGAACGGCGAAGUCCCAUCCGGUCGAUCCUGCGUCCGCGGCUUCGACAACGCAGGCUUCGUCAUGGGCACCUCCUCCAGUCUCUUCAACCAAUUCAUUCUCAAGCUCAACACCACCGACAUCCCCUCAGCCCUCAAAACGGUCCUCGCUAGCAUCCUCGAAGAGCUAGGCGACCGCAACGACGACAUCGCCAUCUACUCCCCCAACCCCUUCUACGAGUACCGCAACGCGACAAUCUCAUACGAAAAGACCCCGGACCUGAACGUCGUCGACGGCGGCGAAGACAAACAAAACCUCCCCCUCCACCCUCUCAUCCAACCCGCCCGUAAUGUGGACGUCAUCUUCGCCGUCGACUCUUCAGCCAGUACCUCUGACAACUGGCCCAACGGUAGUCCCCUCGUCGCUACCUACGAACGUAGUCUCAACUCGACCGGCAUCGGCAACGGCACUGCCUUCCCCAGCAUCCCAGACAAAAGCACCUUCAUCAACCAGGGCUUGAACACCCGUCCGACCUUCUUCGGCUGCAAUAGCAGUAACAUCACAGGCCAUGCGCCCCUCGUCGUCUACCUCCCCAACUACCCAUACACGACGUUGUCGAACAAAUCGACCUUCCAGCUGAAGUACGAGAUCUCGGAGCGUGACGACAUGAUCACUAAUGGCUGGAACGUGGUUACGAUGGGUAAUGGAUCGAGGAAGUCUUACGAGGAUUGGCCGACCUGCGCGGGCUGCGCGAUUUUGAGUCGCUCGUUUGAUCGGACGCAUACCCAGGUGCCGGAUGUGUGUGAGCGGUGCUUUGAGAAGUAUUGCUGGGAUGGGACGAGGAAUAGUACGGAGCCGGCGGCAUAUGAGCCCAAGGUGUUGAUGACGAGUGCGGGCGUGAGGAACUUGGCGGUGUCGAGGUGGGUUUGGGGGUUGGUUCCGGUUGUGCUGGGGGUUUGGUUGAUGUGA